AUGCGGUUUCGGGAAUCGGCCACGGAGUUCUCACUGAAAGGCCGAGAGAAGGAGAGUGCGCGACGCGAAGACGAAGGCGGGCGAAAUAUGCAAAACGGCCGCGUCGCCCCGCCCCUCUCCGGCCCGCCCGCCCCGCGCCGCCGCUCCAGACCGAAAACUAAAACCGAUAACGAGACACAAAAGCCGUCGUCCAAGACUUGGAUAGCCGACGGCACGAUAAGGAGAGGCGAGAGAAGUCGAUCUAAGACGAAGGGUGCGCUGCAGCUGCACCGGCUAUUGAUUAGCCUCCGCUGCCCUCGGCCUCACCUCCUCUACGCCCCCGCGCUAAUGAACUCCGACACGGCUCCUCUCCUUACUGGUCGCACCAGUGAUUCAGCUUAA